AUGGGUCUGAACUUGGAGGAAAUCUAUGGCCAAACUAUAGUUGAGGAGCAGCGCCCGAAUGAGUAUUCGGAAUAUCAGCCGAAGAAGGGUUAUGGCUGGGCCAACACUCUGCCCGAGCGGCAAGGUCUCUAUGACCCGGAAUAUGAGAAGGACGCUUGCGGUGUAGGCUUUGCUGCAAAUAUUAAAGGCAAGGCUAGCCAUAAGAUCGUUAGCGAUGCCCGGAAUCUGCUCUGUAACAUGACGCACCGAGGUGCGGUUGGUUCGGAUGCGCGAGACGGUGAUGGUGCCGGUGUAAUGACCAGUAUCCCUCACAAGUUCUUCAUUAAAAACUUUGCGCGCGAAGUGGGUGUGGAUCUUCCUCCCCUUGGCCAGUAUGCUGUCGGUAACCUUUUCUUCAAACCCGACGAGGAGGCUUUGAAGGAGUCCAUCAAGCAGUUUGAGGAGAUCGCCACGUCGCUUGGACUGCGCGUACUUGGGUGGCGUGAGGUUCCUCGCGAUUCAACCAUUCUCGGUCCCGCAGCUCUGUCUCGAGAGCCCACCAUCCUGCAGCCGUUCGUGGUGCUGAAGUCCGCUUACGGCGAGGGAAACAAGCCUGAUAUAACUGAUCCAGAGCAAUUUGACACAAAGACAUUCGAGCUUCAGUUGUAUGUCCUGCGAAAGCGGGCUACGCACAUCAUUGGCCUUGCCAACUGGUUCUACCUGUGCUCUCUCAGCAACCGCAACAUUGUGUACAAGGGUCAGCUCGCCCCUAUCCAGGUGUACCAGUACUACCACGAUUUGGUGAACGUUGACUAUGAAGGUCACUUUGCUCUCGUUCACUCUCGUUUCUCUACCAACACAUUCCCCUCUUGGGACCGUGCACAGCCUCUCCGAUGGGCUGCUCACAACGGUGAGAUUAACACUCUCCGAGGAAACAAAAAUUGGAUGCGUGCUCGCGAGGGUUUGCUGAAGUCCGACAUUUUCGGCGAGGAGCUCGAGUCUCUGCUCCCUAUCGUCGAAGACGGCGGUUCCGACUCUGCUGCCUUUGAUAACGUCCUGGAAUUGCUGAUGAUCAACGGCGUCCUUUCUCUUCCUGAAGCCGUUAUGAUCAUGAUUCCCGAGGCGUGGCAGGAUAACCCAGCUAUGGACCCGGCCAAGGCCGCCUUUUACGAGUGGGCUGCUUGCCAGAUGGAGCCCUGGGAUGGCCCGGCUCUCUUCACUUUCUCAGAUGGACGUUACUGUGGCGCCAACCUGGACCGUAACGGUUUGCGUCCUUGCCGCUUCUACGUGACCGAUGACGACCGUAUCAUCUGUGCGUCCGAAGUAGGUGCUGUCGACAUUGACCAGGAGCGAGUCGUUCAGAAGGGCCGUCUGCAGCCUGGAAAAAUGCUUCUGGUUGACACGGUCGCUGGUCGUAUUAUUGAUGACUCUGAGCUUAAAUACACAGUUGCCCACCGCCAUGACUUCAGUAGUUGGCUGAAUAAGGAGCUCGUUAAGCUUCCUGCUAUUACCGAGAAGCUGGUUGAGCAGAAUAUGGAUCUCCGUCACGACCUCGACAACACCACUGUUCAGAAUGACCCUCGCCUCAAGGCCUUCGGGUACUCAUUUGAGCAGGUCACUCUCCUCCUCGGCCCCAUGGGAGCUGACUCCAAGGAGGCUCUUGGUUCUAUGGGUAACGAUGCUCCUCUUGCCUGCAUCGCCAAACAGCCCCGCCUUCUGUACGAGUACUUCCGUCAACUUUUCGCUCAGGUCACCAACCCCCCUAUUGAUCCAAUCCGUGAAGCCGUCGUCAUGUCUCUGGAGUGCUACGUUGGUCCUCAGGGUAAUCUGCUGGAAAUGGACCCAUCGCAGUGCCGCCGCCUGCUUCUUCCUUCUCCUAUCCUGAGCAUUCCCGAGUUCAAUGCCCUCAAGAAUAUCAACACAGUCCACAAGGACUGGACAGUCAGGCUCAUCGAUAUCACUUUCGAGAAGAAGAAGGGCGUCCCUGGGUACAUCGAAGCUCUCGACCGUAUUUGCGAUGCCGCCACUGAAGCUAUUCAACAAGGCGACAAGAUCCUUAUCCUUUCCGAUCGUGCCACUUCUGCGGACAGAGUCCCAGUGUCCGCACUUUUGGCCACUGGCCUUGUUCACCACCACUUGGUUCGUAACAAGUGGAGAUCUCUUGCUGCACUGAUUGUCGAGACUGCGGAGGCCCGUGAGGUCCACCACAUGUGUGUUCUCGUUGGUUAUGGUGCCGAUGGUAUUAACCCUUACCUCGCCAUGGAGUGCAUCCUCAAGAUGAACCGAGAAAAGUUGAUCCGCAAGGAACUCUCCGACGAGAAGGUGAUCGAGAACUACAAGGCCUCCUGCGACGGUGGUAUCCUGAAAGUCAUGAGCAAGAUGGGUAUCUCUACUCUAGCAUCUUACAAGGGUGCUCAGAUUUUUGAGGCUCUUGGUAUUGAUGACAGUGUCAUUGACCGCUGUUUCACUGGCACUGCAAGCCGUAUCCGCGGUAUGAAUUUUGAGCUGAUCGCGCAGGAUGCGUUCGCCAUCCACGAGCGUGGUUACCCAUCUCGUGCCAUCGUCGAUAUCCCUGGUCUUAAUGAGUCGGGUGAGUACCACUGGCGUGACGGUGGUGAAGAUCAUAUCAACGAUCCCGUCAGCAUUGCCAAUAUCCAGGAUGCUGUGCGCACGAAGAACGACAAGUCCUACGAGGCAUACGCUAAGGCUGCCCACGAGCAGAUUAAAAACUGCACUCUGCGUGGUAUGCUUGAGUUCGACUUUGACCAGCGGACGCCCAUUCCUAUCGACCAGGUUGAACCAUGGACAGAGAUUGUUCGCCGAUUCGUGACUGGUGCCAUGUCGUACGGAUCUAUUUCGAUGGAAUCUCACUCUACCCUGGCUGUUGCCAUGAACCGUCUAGGUGGAAAGUCUAACACUGGUGAAGGUGGUGAGGACCCAGAGCGCAGCAAGCGCAUGGAGAACGGAGAUACCAUGCGCUCUGCCAUCAAGCAGAUUGCUUCUGGCCGCUUCGGUGUCACAUCCCACUACCUCGCAGACGCCGACGAACUGCAGAUCAAAAUGGCCCAAGGUGCUAAGCCUGGAGAGGGUGGUGAACUUCCUGGGCACAAGGUCGUUGGUCCCAUUGCCCACACUCGCUAUUCCACUCCCGGUGUCGGUCUCAUCUCACCUCCGCCACACCAUGACAUCUACUCCAUUGAGGAUCUUAAGCAACUUAUCUAUGAUCUCAAGUGCUCUAACCCCCGUGCUCGCGUCUCCGUCAAGCUAGUUUCCGAGGUCGGAGUUGGUAUUGUCGCCUCUGGUGUGGCUAAGGCCAAGGCGGACCACAUUCUCAUCUCUGGUCACGACGGUGGUACCGGUGCUUCUCGCUGGACUGGUAUCAAGUAUGCCGGUCUUCCUUGGGAGUUGGGUCUCGCAGAGACUCACCAGACCCUCGUGCUCAACGAUCUCCGUGGCCGUGUUAUUGUUCAGACUGAUGGUCAGAUCCGCACUGGACGCGAUGUCGCUGUUGCUUGUCUUCUCGGUGCUGAAGAAUUUGGCUUCGCCACGACUCCUUUGAUCGCCAUGGGGUGCAUUAUGAUGAGGAAAUGUCACCUAAAUACCUGCCCUGUCGGUAUAGCUACCCAGGAUCCUGAGCUUCGCAAAAAGUUUGAGGGCCAGCCGGAGCACGUGAUCAACUUCUUCUACUACAUCGCCAAUGAGCUGCGGGCUAUCAUGGCAAAGCUGGGAAUUCGUACCAUCAAUGAGAUGGUCGGUCGUGCUGAGCUUCUUAAGGUCCGCGACGACCUCACCAAUCCCAAGCAGGAGAACAUUGAUCUUUCUCUCAUUCUCACUCCUGCUCACUCUCUCCGUCCCGGUGUUGCCACCUACAAUGUUCGCAAGCAGGAUCACCGCCUUCACACUCGCCUUGACAACAAGCUCAUUGCCGAGUCCGAGCUCGCCCUUGAAAAGGGCCUGCCUUGCCGUGUUGAGUGCGAUGUUGUUAAUACGGAUCGUGCUCUGGGUGCCACUCUUUCUUACCAAGUCAGCCGUCGCUACGGCGGAGAAGGUCUUCCACAAGACACCAUCCACUCCAACAUCAAGGGAUCGGCGGGUCAAUCGUUCGGUGCUUACCUCGCUCCUGGUAUCACUUUGGAGCUUGAGGGCGAUGCGAAUGACUAUGUUGGCAAGGGUUUGUCAGGUGGUCGUCUAAUUGUUUACCCCCCGCGCGGUGCGGCUUUCAAGGCUGAGGAGAAUGUCAUCGUCGGUAACACCUGUUUGUACGGUGCCACUCGUGGUACCUGCUUCUUCCGCGGUGUUGCUGCUGAGCGUUUCGCUGUCCGUAACUCUGGUGCUACUGCGGUCGUUGAAGGUGUCGGUGACCACGGCUGUGAAUACAUGACCGGUGGUCGCGUUGUGGUUCUCGGUUCAACCGGCCGUAACUUUGCUGCCGGUAUGUCCGGUGGAAUUGCUUACAUUCUGGACAUGAACCAGGACUUCCUUUCCAAGGUCAAUAUGGAGAUGGUGGAAUGCUCUGGCCUUGAAGACCCAGCUGAAAUUGCCUUCCUUCGCGGUUUGAUUGAGGAUCACCACCACUAUACCGGCUCCGAGUUGGCCGCCCGUAUCCUCUUGGACUUCACCCGUGCUCUUCCUCACUUUAUCAAGGUCUUACCAACAGACUACAAGCGUACUCUCGAGGAAGAAGCCGCGAAGGCUGCCGCUGCGAAGAAGGCGGAAACCACUAUCCCUCAGUUGCCUAGUGUUCCUGUCGAGAAGCAGAAGCCCAAGGCUGAAGGCGAUGCCAAGAAGGCGGAGCUGUUGGACAUUGAAGACAGUGUCACCGACUCCAAGGUCGAGAAGAAGAGGACUGCUCUUAUCCUUGACAAGACCCGCGGUUUCAUGAAGUACAACCGCCGCAGCGAAAAGUACCGUAACCCGGCCACCCGUACCCGUGACUGGGCGGAGCUCUCUUCUCGUCUCACUGAGGAUGAGCUCAAGUAUCAGUCCGCUCGUUGCAUGGACUGCGGUGUUCCCUUCUGCCAGUCCGAUACCGGUUGCCCAAUCUCAAACAUCAUUCCCAAGUGGAACGAGCUUGUCUUCCAGAACCAGUGGCAGGAUGCUCUCAAUCGUCUGCUCAUGACCAACAAUUUCCCUGAGUUUACUGGCCGUGUCUGCCCUGCUCCUUGUGAGGGCGCCUGUGUCUUGGGUAUUAACGAAGACCCUGUUGGUAUCAAGUCAAUUGAGUGUGCCAUCAUUGACCGUGGGUUUGAGAUGGGCUGGAUGGUUCCUCGUCCUCCUCCCGUCCGCACCGGCAAAACCGUUGCUAUCAUCGGAUCUGGUCCGGCUGGUCUUGCGGCUGCUGACCAGCUCAACCGCGUUGGACACAGUGUUACUGUCUAUGAGCGUGCCGAUCGUAUUGGUGGUUUGCUUAUGUACGGUAUCCCUAACAUGAAGCUUGACAAGAAGAUUGUCCAGCGCCGUGUCGACCUGAUGGCUGCCGAAGGCGUUAAGUUUGUCACCGGUGUGUCUGUUGGUCCUGACAGCGAAGUCUCCCUGGAUUCUCUCCGCAAGAGCAAUGAUGCUGUGAUCAUCGCCACCGGCGCUACCGUUGCCCGUGACCUCAAAGUUCCCGGCCGUGAGCUCGAGGGUAUUCAUUUCGCCAUGCAGUUCUUGCACAAGAACACCAAAUCUCUCCUCGACUCUGAAUUGGCGGAUGGCGCUUACAUCUCCGCCAAGGACAAGCACGUCGUCGUCAUCGGAGGCGGUGAUACCGGCAACGACUGCAUUGGCACCUCUGUCCGCCAUGGCGCCAAGUCUGUUGUCAACUUCGAACUGUUGCCUCAGCCUCCUCCUGAGCGUGCUCGUGACAACCCCUGGCCUCAGUGGCCCCGUAUUUACCGUGUCGAUUAUGGUCACUCCGAGGUCAAGACCCACAUGGGCAAGGACCCCCGUGAGUACUGCAUCAUGUCUAAGGAGUUUGUCGACGACGGUAACGGCCGCGUGAAGGGCAUUAACACUGUCCGUGUUGAAUGGACUAAGAGCGCCACUGGUGGAUGGGACAUGAAGACCGUUGAGGGUAGCGAGCAGUUCUUCCCUGCCGACCUUGUGCUUCUCUCCAUGGGUUUCCUCGGCCCUGAAGACCGCCUUCUUGGAGAAGAAAUCGAGCGAGAUGCCCGUAAGAAUGUCAAGACCCCCCCUGGUCACUAUGGCACCAACGUUCCCGGUGUCUACGCUGCUGGUGAUUGCCGCCGCGGACAGUCCCUCAUCGUUUGGGGUAUCAACGAAGGUCGCCAGUGCGCUCGCGAGGUUGAUACCUUCCUUUCUGGCAUCAGCUCUCAGCUCCCUGUUACCGGUGGUAUCGUUCGCCGCCCCGCCGUCGAUGCUGUCCGCCAGGCCACCGAGACAGUGACCAUCGCCGCAUAAACGCAACAACACAACAAAUAGACUUUCGGCACGCUGGACAGGCUCCCGCGCAACGACAGGUUCGUUCUAUGUCUCAUGAUGACGAUGAUCUACGAAAAUUACCAUGUCGGCAAAUGGAGAGAAAAGACUUUGCCUCUGGAUCUGCGGGAUAAUUGUUUAGUUGGUGGGAUUGUAUUCUAUCUAUUACGAUGGAUUCCUGCACGGUCAUGGAUAGAAGGGAGAUUCUUUCGAAUCACAGCCUAUACAUCUUGCUUUUUUUGCGAUUCAACUGUUAUUGCUUUUUUCGAAAAGAAGCUUGUGCUUUGAGUGCAGCGUUUUUCUCAAAAUAUGCCCAGGUGUUGGAGCGUGUUCAGUCAUCUACUUCAUUGUACAUAUUUUCCAUUGAUAUAAUUCAUA